UCCACCACCAUUCACUUUUCAACAACAGAUGAGAAAUUUGGUGGAGACGGCGCAGUUCGGUUCCAGCUUUUGCAUACGGUUGACACUUGCGGCUAGUGGCUUGUCAGUGACGAGAGGGUGGGCUUUGUUUGGGCCACAAAUCGAAGUUUAGUUAAUACGUGUAUUUGCGAAACAAACUCCAACGUGAUCUGAGAUAUAGAAUUUUGUGAAUUAAGCGCUUAAUCCAGCCACGUUGGAUCCGCAGCAGUUGGCUAAGCAUGGCUAAGGAAGUCAUCAUAACAGAUCGAGAGCUUUAUCCAAGUCAUCAGAUUCCAGACGAACACAACUUGGACUACCGGGAGCAGUUUCCGGAUAUACGACCACUGCUGAAACGCCAGUUCCGUGGCAUUUGGACCCGGGAGAAUGCCCUCCGUCGAUUCCCGUUCCUCGUAUGGGGACCGCAGUACAAUCUCAAAAAGCUACUCUCCGAUGCCAUAGCUGGCAUUACGGUGGGGCUGACUUCGAUCCCGCAGAGCAUUGCGUACGCCGUUGUGGCGAACCUGGAACCCCAAUAUGGCCUGUACUCCAACUUCAUGGGAUCGUUCGUGUAUGCGUUCUUUGGUAGUGUGAAGGAAAUAGCGAUAGCCCCGACUGCGAUCAUGGCACUGAUGGUUCAACAAGUUGUCCUGGAUUUGGGACCGGCUGGAGCUAUUCUGGCCUCGUUCCUGUCCGGGUGUAUAUCUUUAUUGCUGGGAAUGCUCAACUUUGGCUUCCUGGUUCAGUUCAUAUCCAUGCCGGUCAUUACGGGGUUCAUCACGGCAGCAGCGAUCACCAUCAUAAGCAGUCAGAUGAAGUCACUGAUGGGAAUCUCUAGUCCUGGGAAAUCUAGUGGAUUCAUCGAUUCAUGGGAAAAUGUGGUGGAAAAUGCUUCACAAACGAGGCUGUGGGACGCUGUGUUGGGAUUUUCGUCGUUGGCGAUUUUAGUUUGUAUCACGCUAAUCAAAGGUCGCGGCUCCGGUCACUGGCGAACUGCUACCAAGUAUCUGUGCUUACUCCGAAAUGCCUUAAUUGUCAUUAGUGGUGGUGUCAUCGCCUAUAUUUUUUCGACAAAUAAUCAGUACCCAUUCCGUUUAACGGGAGAUGUAGCUUCCGGCUUCCCUGCGGUUGAGCCACCUCCGUUUUCCACCACGUUCAACGGAGAAUUCUACGACUUUUCACAAAUGCUUCGAAUCCUCGGAUCAUCGGUGAUCACCAUUCCAUUGAUUUCGAUACUGGAAGUGGUGUCGAUUGGUAAAGCCUUCUCCAAGGGAAACCCGGUAGAUGCAACACAGGAAAUGAUUGCCUUGGGUUUAUGCAACAUUGCCGGAUCGUUCACGGCAUCAAUCCCAACUACUGCGUCGUUUGCCCGAACCGCAAUUAACAGUAGUUCCGGAGUUAGGACACCCUUUGGAGGAGUGUUCACGGGAUUGCUGGUUCUCUCGGCAUUAGGGUUGCUGACGGAAUAUUUUUAUUUCAUUCCAAAAGCAACACUGGCAGCGGUGAUCAUUGCUGCCAUGGUUUUCAUGAUUGAGUACCGAGCAGUUGCAGAGAUGUGGAGGAUCAAACGAAUCGACAUAAUUCCGUUCCUAGUGACGGUGAUCGCCUGCCUUUUCUUGGGACUGGAAUACGGAAUCCUGAUAGGAAUCGCCGUCAACUUGUGCUUUCUUCUGUACCUGAUAUCCAGACCAAGGAUUGAACAUAGACUGAUUGUGAUUCAUCACGCUAUUGCCUUAGUGUUACGUCCCACGAAUGACUUAGCGUUCUCAUCAGCUGAAUAUUUCCGCGAGAAAAUACUCAGCAUGGCUAGCAAACAUGAAGCCGAAGUAGUGGUGAUCGAUGGAGAGAUGAUCAAGUACAUCGACUCUACGGUAGUGAAAAACAUUUCCAGCACGGUGGAUGAAUUGAAACUACAGGGGCGUCAAGUUCUGCUCUGGAGGUGGAACAGGGAAGUACAGUGCUCGCUCUACCGGUACAAGAAGGAUCAAUUCUUACCCUUGUUUAGAUCGGAUGAGCAUGUAGAACAAGUCGUGGAACGGUGGAAAGCGUCAAAUUUAAAUGAGGGUUGCGUGUGAGGUAUGAUAAUUGAUAUGUGAUAUGAUGAGUAAGCUAAUAUUUAGAAGAUAGAUAAGUUAAUAAAACUCGACUAAUCUCGAACAAAACUUAAAUGACUAACAAAUGACUCUACUUAUACAUA